CCGGCGCUCGCGCACCCGGCGCGCAGCCCGCCCCGGGUGGCGGGAGGCGGCGGCUUCGGGCAGAUUUGAUUUUCCCGCAGCCCGGGAGCCCCGGAGCCAGAGCCCGAGCCGAGGAAGUGGCGCUCGCAGCCGCGUCCCCACCCCCGCCGCGGAGACCCAGCGAGAGGCGCCGCAGCCCCUGCGCUCCGGGCUCGCUCCGCGCUGCCUGAGUUCGGCCACCCCCGCAGCUCGCGCCCCAUCCGGCCCCCCACACCCCUCUCCUUCUCCUGCACCCUUUCUGUCCCCGCCCCAAGCUCCCCGCCCCUCUCCCGGUGCCCCCUCCACGACUCCGCGCGUCCCUCCCGGUGCCCUCUCCCCGCGCUCCUCCGCCUCUCCCGGCUGCGCCUCAGCUCUCUGUGCUCUUUGCGCCUCUCCGCUGGGCCCCCAGCCUCCUCGUCGCGUCACCCGCGCCCCCUCCUGUAUCCUCUGCCCCCGCUCCCUCCGCCCCGCUUCCCUCUCUCACUUCCCACGCCCCCUCUUCGCUCUCCUCUUUCCUCCCUUUGCCGCCCAGCCCCGGCUCCGGAGUUGGGGGAGAGCCCAGGGUUUCGGUUGCUCCGGAGGAGGCGUGAAUCGCGCAGGGAUUUACUAAUUUGGGGUGGAGGGCGCGGUGGGCUAUGGAGCAGCCCGAGGACAUGGCGUCGCUGAGCGAGUUCGACUCCUUGGCGGGCAGCAUCCCGGCCACCAAGGUGGAGAUCACCGUGUCCUGCAGGAACCUUUUGGACAAAGACAUGUUCUCCAAGUCUGACCCAUUAUGCGUCAUGUAUACUCAAGGGAUGGAGAACAAGCAGUGGCGGGAGUUCGGACGCACUGAAGUCAUCGACAACACACUCAAUCCCGACUUUGUGCGCAAAUUCAUCGUGGAUUACUUCUUCGAGGAGAAGCAGAACCUCCGUUUUGACCUAUAUGAUGUUGACUCCAAGAGUCCUGAUUUAUCCAAACACGAUUUUCUGGGCCAGGCCUUCUGCACCCUUGGAGAGAUUGUGGGGUCCCCUGGGAGCCGCCUGGAGAAGUCCCUCACAAUAGGAGCAUUCAGCCUGAAUUCCAGGACAGGCAAACCCAUGCCAGCUGUAUCCAACGGAAGUGGUCUUUGGAUGGAAAGUUUGAGGACCACUGGUCUGGAAGCCUCCGGUGGUGUCCCAGGGAAGAAAUGUGGCACCAUCAUCCUGUCCGCUGAGGAGCUCAGCAACUGCAGGGAUGUCGCCACAAUGCAGUUCUGUGCCAACAAGCUGGACAAGAAAGAUUUCUUUGGGAAGUCUGACCCCUUCUUGGUGUUCUACAGAAGCAACGAGGAUGGAACGUUCACCAUCUGCCACAAGACUGAGGUCAUGAAGAACACCCUAAACCCAGUCUGGCAAACUUUCUCCAUUCCUGUGAGAGCCCUCUGCAACGGGGACUAUGAUCGGACCAUCAAGGUGGAGGUAUACGACUGGGAUCGAGAUGGCAGCCAUGACUUCAUUGGGGAGUUCACCACAAGUUACCGGGAGCUGGCCCGCGGGCAGAGCCAAUUCAACAUCUAUGAGGUGGUAAACCCGAAAAAGAAAAUGAAGAAAAAGAAAUAUGUGAAUUCUGGCACAGUCACACUGCUUUCUUUUGCUGUGGAGUCAGAGUGCACAUUUCUUGACUACAUCAAAGGAGGGACCCAGAUCAACUUCACGGUGGCCAUCGAUUUCACAGCCUCCAAUGGGAACCCCUCGCAGUCCACGUCUCUGCACUAUAUGAGUCCCUACCAGCUGAACGCCUAUGCACUUGCACUGACCGCCGUCGGGGAGAUCAUCCAGCACUACGACAGCGACAAGAUGUUCCCCGCCCUUGGCUUUGGGGCCAAACUACCCCCUGACGGCAGGGUAUCCCAUGAGUUCCCGCUGAACGGCAACCAGGAGAACCCCUCAUGCUGUGGCAUCGAUGGCAUCCUGGAGGCCUACCACCACAGCCUGCGCACGGUGCAGCUCUACGGCCCCACCAACUUCGCCCCCGUGGUCACCCAUGUGGCCAGGAAUGCGGCCGAGGUGCAGGACGGCUCCCAGUACUCGGUGCUGCUCAUCAUCACGGAUGGGGUCAUUUCAGACAUGGCACAGACCAAGGAGGCUAUCGUCAACGCUGCCAAACUCCCCAUGUCUAUCAUCAUCAUCGGCGUGGGCCAGGCAGAGUUUGAUGCCAUGGUGGAGCUGGAUGGUGAUGACGUGCGGAUCUCCUCCCGGGGAAAGCUGGCCGAGCGGGACAUUGUCCAGUUUGUGCCCUUCAGGGACUAUGUGGACCGCACGGGCAACCACGUGCUGAGCAUGGCGCGCCUGGCCCGCGAUGUGCUGGCUGAGAUUCCUGAUCAGCUGGUGUCCUACAUGAAGGCGCAGGGCAUCCGCCCUCGCACCCUGCCCGCGGCCCCAGAGCGCUCGCCCCCGCAGUCCCCCACCCGCACGCCCCCUGCUUCCCCCCUGCACACGCACAUCUGAGCCUUGUCUGCUCAGAUGGCUGGGGCUUAGGCCAGUAGAAAGGGAGGCGGGGUACCCAGACCCAGCUACAGACCAUCCUGCCCAGCCUUUGGAACACGUGUGCCUGGGAGGCCCACAGGGGGUGGGGCUUCUGGAGACUCCUUCCCAUACUGCCCAAGCCCCUAGAGUUUGGGGGUACGGGUGGUGGAGGUGGGGAUCUGGGCCCCUGCUCUUCUCUCCUUUCAUUGACACCUGGUUCUGGACCAGCCAGGAAGAUGUUAAUCAGGACGACUGGGGUCCCGCUCAGCCCACCUGAGCUAUUACCUGGGUAGUCCCGUCUGCUCCUAUAUCACCCUGAAGCCUGGGCUAAGCCUCCCACCUCCAGGCCCCCUUCUCCCUCCCCUCCUCCUGUGGUGUCUACUCCCAUACCUGGCCCCUGACCCCCACCCAGUAUCUAUCCUGUCCCAUUUCCGGUGAACCCUGUGAGGCUGCUGGGUUUGCAGGAGUGCCUAAACAUGUGACCCCUCGUUGGGACCCUUGCAUGAAUUGGGAGUCCUACAGACCCAUGAAGGGGAUGCUGUGAUAGUAGAUGGAGGCCACAUGGUGGGCAAGGAAUGGAGACUUUUCAGGCACAGAGUCGUUUCUGGUGCCUCUCAAGCCCAGUAUGACUCUGGUUCUAGAACACAGAUCCACAGGCCUCUCCCUGGUCUGAGCCCGUAGGUACCUCCACAGUUGGCUCCUGGCUCCAGGAAUCCCCCUUUCUCCCCGGAGACUGCCCAGGGUCCUUGGGGCACCAUCUUCUGCUGCCCACCUGGAGGCCUGGGCAAGAAGCAGCCCAGCUCCAGCACUCCCACACUGCCCCUCUAUCCUAUGGGGAUAGGGGAUGGGAGUCCUGGGUUCAAGUCCUGCCUCCAGCCAUUGCCGGCUGUGGGAACCUGAACAAGUCCUUUCUACUUUCUGGGUCUCAGUUUCCACAUCUGUAAGGCAAGAGGGUUGACCAGAUGGCCCUGGGUUUACCUUUAGCUCUGAUACCCUGAGAGUCCACAUUCAUCCCACGCCCAGCUUCCCCCAUCCCACUCC